AUGGAUGGAGGAAUAGAUGACAAUGCAGUGUUGGAUUCUGCUACAUUUUACACCAUAGCUUACCAGAACAGGUGCCUCCAGUCUUUUUCAUUUUCUUCGUUUUUAUUCUUUCUCUCUUGCCCUAAAUAGACUGCUUUUAUAAAAAUACGGAACGCAAAAAUGCAAGCUGAAGUAGCCACCUCUGGUAAAACCAUCUAAAAAGAAUAAGCAGAAACUCAGCAAGGCUGAUUCCUAGGUCAGAUAUAUUCAAAAUUAUAUAGUGCUUUUUUAUUGCUGAUGUAUUGGUCGUUCUCUUGUGCCUUUUCAUGGAUUAGUCAUUCUUGCCAUUUGCUGCUCUGAUCCCGAGAGAGAGAGAGAGAGAGAGAGCACUAUUUCUUACGAUUAUGCUAGAAUGGCCAAAUGCUCUCCAGGAAAAGAAUAAUGGGUCAAGUAAACAAGAAAAAAGUAGUAAUGUUGGUGAAUUUUCCUGGGAAUCAAGAACUUUAUCUUGCAUGCUCCGUUUGCAAUAUCAUGCAAGUUCAUCAAAAAAAAAAUUCUAUUACCAAUGUAUUUGCAUCUUUCUUUAGAUGAAUAUGAAUUUAUGUUCCGGUCUUCCCUGGCUAUUUACGAAAGAAUUAUUGCAGAUUCGAUGCUAUUAUUUGCUGCAAGGGCAGGACAGAAAAAAUAGCGUCAGGCAUGCUAGAUCAGUUAGUUUUCCAUUUACCAGGAGCAAAUGACUGCCAAUCGAGAGGUCCAAGUGACAGCUUUAAGCUUGAGCUGACCAGAGUGACGGAAGAUUUCUCAUGGUUCACGAAGUCCACUCUAUCACGGUAUUCAUUAUAUGCACCGUCUAUUUCUGUAUGUGCAAUCGCACUAUGCCCUGAAAACCAGUGCGUUACUAAUAAACAUAUGCAUUUUUUCCAGCUUCUUGUGUCUUGUAUGUGCACCUGAAUCGUUAAAAAGUGCCAGUUUGAUUGCAAAUGAGAUUUCUCAGUUAGAAGAUGCCAGAAAUUUUCAUCUUGCCCUGUAUGCUAAGGUAGUCUAUUUAUCAUUCCUUCAUAACUUCCUUUCAUCUAGCCUGUGCUCCCUCUCAUCAAAUCCCUGUUUCUCUCAGGACCUCGCAAAUCUAUCAGGAGAUGUACCAAUAGGUAUGCCCCAUCAAAUCCUUAAUUUUGGUUUUUCAGAUCUGCCUCUUUGGAAGGAAGCGUUCCAAAUAACUUCAUUCAUUUCCACGAUGCAUUGCUAGUGACAAUUUAUACCCACGAUGAGUGACAGAAUAAAUAACGUAGAAUGCUUAUGUCACAAGUCCCAUACUAAAAUUAAUGACGCAUGCCUGCAAUUGUUGACGCACUAAAUAAUGCAGAACAUUUGACAAAUCCUGCCCCACUAUUUACACUGGCUCAUGCAUGAUUUUGGUAACGUUUACACUUUGAGAUCAUUUCGCGAUUCUAUUAGACUAAUAGCAUUGUCUGGUUGAAGAAAUCACACCUGAAGUUUAAAUAAAGAGGUGGUGUAAAGUUGUAACUUGGUAAUGCUGUACCUUUAUUUAGAAAGAGGAUCUGGUUUCUCUAUUAUAUUAGUUAUCUUCCUAGAUUCAAACGAGAGAGAUUUACACUUGUAGUUUUCUUUGAAAUUUUAUUUCUUUCUUUCAUUUUCAUCAUUUUUCCUAUUGCCACCAAUAUACUUCUUUACCCUACAGAUAUUGGAAACUCAAAUGAGAGGGGCUUAACACCAAAAGUAAGCAUACUGCUACUAUUUUAGCUUCCCGUCUUCUCUAAUUUCAUAUAUUUGUUAACUGAACGUCACGGAAAAAAUUACAGGUUCAAUCUGACACAUCUUCUGAUCCUACGAAGUAAGCAUCUUCUCCUGCCUGUUGCUUCCACAAUGUGAGGAUCUCUUUUGAGUACGAAUGCUUUGUACAUGUAGAAAUGAAUUGCUCCGGGCAAUGGAUGUGAGACUUUUGGCAUUAAAGGAGGAGCUUUCUGCAUCUUUCGGUCGAGCUCUGGGAUCUGUGCCGUCUACGUAUUGUAUCUCAGAUCUAACAUCAUUUUGUGACUACUUUGGGGCUGCUAAGAUGAGGUACUGUCAUCCACAAUAGAAUUCAGUGAUUCUUUGUGUAGAACAUGAGCAAAUGUCGUACCUUUCAAUCUUCCUCUUUUUUGUUCACAUCAACUCGUAUUUUUUCGUCUGAAAGCUUAAACUGAGAGGUCAUCCAUUAUAACAGUGCCUCCAUUUGAUAAUUCAUCUUUCACUAGUGUUUCAUUUUUAGAAGUUUAUGGACCUGAAUCUAUUGCCUCAUAUCCUCUGUUUAAUGGAUGAGUUCUACGUUUUCUUAUAAGUGAUCUUUGUUUGUAGUGUUUAUCAUCCAAAACUACUUUCGACUACAUAAAACUCGCAAAUUCUUGAAUAAAACAGACACUUUUAAGCAUGCUAUAAUUGGUGAAAUUUACCUGUUCUUUCUCUGAUAAAUGCAGUCACAAUAUGGAAAAGUUACAUAUUUUCCUUUCUUGUUCUUUCCUAGGAAUCAUUUGGUCAAAUAUUUGGAAUUACGCUCAAAGGAGGAAGCUUUGAGCGCUUCAGCAAAUGACUUCCGUCAUAAAUGUGAAAAAACAUCGGAAAUGACCUCUCAACCUGCUUCACCGACUGAUAAUCUGAGAAUUGUUAGAACUGGCGUUUCCCCAGCAAAAAUAGCUCAGGCUGAACGACAAAUCUCAUCAGAAAGUGAGGCUUCUGAUUCUUCUGAUGAUGACAAGGCCUUCACAGAGAGAAGCCGUCCUCUUAUAAGAGCUGCAUCGCCAAGAAGAUCAGCAUCACCUAUGCGACGGGUCCAGAUCGGAAGAUCUGGAUCACGUAGGCCAGCUGCCCUUACCAUUAGGAGCCUUAGUUACUUUCCACCAAGGGAAAAAAUGUCAUACAAGGAUGCUGAUGGAAAUAGCAGUUGUGAUGAAGAACCUGAUAAGCUACCAAACAGAACGGAAGCCUCAGUGAGGAGAAUGAGUGUCCAAGAUGCAAUUAAUCUUUUUGAAAGUAAACAGAGAGAUCAAAGUCUGAAUGGUCAGAACCGAAAAUCUUGUACUGAGGCAUCUUCUAGUGCUAACAAGUCUGUUUUAAGAAGAUGGAGUUCUGGUAUGUGUGAGUCUAGAAAACAGGAACCUCAAGUUGGUACUUCUGAUGGUGGGCUGCGGAGCAACUCUGACAAUGUACCUCCUAGUGUAGAAGAGAAGAAUUUGUACGAACUGAAGCCAGAAUCUAACACUCCUGAAGCUGUUCCAAAUAUAUCCCAUAUUCCAGUGGCCGAACUGCCUGCUCCAGAAGAGAGGAUGUCAUCUAAUGCAGUGGAUUUCCCUGUUGAUUUACCAGCACAAGAAGCUGAUGAGACUCAAGAAAAAGUUACGGAUUCAUCAGUAUGGACUAGGCAGAAGGAAGCUGAGUUGAACCAAAUGCUGAUGAAGUUUAUGGAGACCAAACCCUCCAAGUACCGAAAUAACACUUCCAGUACUAUUCAAAACCAUGCACCCUCUGGUCAGAAGAGAGGGACUCUGCAUAGGCAGCCCAAGGAGAAAAUUGAAGGAAAGUAUCAGACUGAGACUGCUAGAAAGCGAACUGAGAAGGAAGCACAAUCUAAAUUUACCCAUGAAACACCAAUUCAGAGAAAAACGAAGACAGUUUCAAAGGCUGCAGGUGCCCCAGUUUCAAAGGCUGUAGAUUCAUUGAGUCAUACUCAAAAAUUACGAAGAAAUUCUUCUCCUCCAGUUUUAUCCAAAAAGGAUGUGUCAAAAUCAGUUGCUACUAAGAAGCCAUCACCCAAAAGCGUAUUGCCAGUGCCUCAAACACGUAACUCAUUGCCAUCUACUCCUUCCCCUAGAACGGCUGGAACACCACGUUCUGAUAUUUCAGCUGCAACAGUUACCAAUAGCAAUGUGCCAAGUAGACAUAAGCCUCAGCAUUUGCCGUCUCCCACUAAACCUAGCCCAAAAAUAGAGAGAACACCACGCCCGUUAAAGAGUGCAAAAGUGGCAUUAAAUGAAGGCAAAAUAGUACCAAAAAACCAAGAGGACAGGAAGCAGAAUUCAGUGUUGAGCAGCAAAAGCGCAAAAUCAAAAGUUCUAGCGCCUUCAGGGAAUGACGCCGGUGCAGUUUCAACUAAGCCUACGGUUCCAGCCAAGCCUAAACUCCACAGCAAGGCACCUAAGAAGAGCAGUGUCGUGCCACUGGAAUCAAAACCCUUCUUAAAGAAAGGUACCGCCACUGGUCCAGGUGCUGGCCCCGAAGCAGCAAAGGCACCAUCUGAUGAUUCUUCGAAGACCAAUGGGAAUCUUGUACUAGAUGAAGAGAAGGAAUCUGCUGUGGGAGCAAACGAAGCGAUCUCUCAGCCAUCCAAAGAUGUUUUAGUCGAAACGAGGAAUGAUGAUGAUGAUGCUGCUAAAUGUGACAAUUUAUUGGAUAAUGAUUUGAAUCAUGAGAAGAUAGAGACUGCAGGUCCCGUUGUAGAAGUUGACGACAGUACCAUCAAGUUGGCAGAAGCCCAUGUUGAAGAGAACCAACCUUAUGAGGUGUUAGGCAUCUCAUCUGCAGCGUGGGAGGAAACAGAUCAAGAGAGGGUCGAUGAGUCAGGCGGCACUUCCAUGCCCCAGAUGGCAGCUUCUGAUAUAGCACCUGUGUCAUCAUCAAGCUCUCGUAUCCGACAUUCGUUGUCACAGAUGCUUCAAGCUGAGAAUGGCGAGCCAGAGAUGCUUGAGUGGGGAAAUGCUGAAAACCCACCUGCCUUGGUCCAUCAAAAGGACGCACCCAAGGGAUUGAAAAGGCUUCUGAAAUUUGCUCGCAAAACUAAAGGGGAGGUAAACCUGUCUGGUUGGUCCACCCCAUCUGUCUUUUCUGAUGGAGAGGAAGACGCGGAAGAGGUCAAGACCAACAGUAAGAGAAGCUCAGAUGCCUCGUUGAGGAAAGCAACUCUCCAACCAAAAGGGUCAGGAAAACAAAAGAACAUGCUUUCUGAAAGCUAUGAUGGAGGUUAUCCGGACAAGAGAAGAAUGGACUAUCCUGAUGUUCCCGAAAUUCUACCAGGUACCUUAUAUUUUAAUCACAUCGCUAUUUCUUGAUGUUUUUGAAUUCUGGUUCAGUUUUAGCAACAUUUUCGCAUUGCAUUUUCUCCAUAGUGCAUAAAUGCGAUCUGGAAUUCAUGGAACGUGAUUGAAUGAAGUCUGUUAUAUUGAAAUAAUAUUUAAUAUUCUUCUUUCGGACGACUUUUGGUCCUUGUUUCUAGAAUCUCUUACAACUAGCCUCGUUAUCUGUUAGAUCUUGAUGUUGACAGAACAGAAGGGUGAUGAAUCUUGGCUUUCUGGUGAAUAUUCUAGCACAAAGUGAAAGUAAAGGCAUCAGACUCGAUUCCAACUUGAACUGACUCAACUCUGAUCCUCUGAGGCCUCUGCGUAGAAUUAAUUCCGAAACAAUGGAUUUCUUCUAAAAUCCUCCGUUCGGCGACUCGGGCAAUCCCAAAGCCUACCUUGCUUUCCUUUCCGAUACUUAUAAACUGCCAAAUAAGCUCUAAUACCCCAAGUUGAGAUCUGAAACUUCUGGUUUCCUUGAUUAACGAAUCUCCAACUUCACUUCAACAUCAUCUAAUUGGCAGACCAUGUUUGACCAUGAUCUUUGUUCCAUGCUCCUGAUGGGCCUCUUUCCAUGUCUUUUGGCUGGAUCAAAAUCCUCACUGCUCUUUCGUCAUAUGAACAUUCAUGGGUCAAAAGUCGAAAGAGUUGUCCUCACUCUCUGCAAUGCGUCUUCGUAACCCUAAAAAUUAAUGUACAUCGAACCUUAAAAAAAUGAUCACCUUCCCUCUCUCCCAUCUUCCUUGAAUAUUAUGCCUUAAACGACGAUAAAUAUUUCUCUUUUGUAGCUCAAUCGACCCAAUUUCCGUCUUCGAAUUCUCAUAAGCUGAGAGAAGGACCAUCAAACAAAGGUGCGCCCGGCAUCCCAUCUGGUUUACUGAUACUGAAUUAUUUGAUCUCCCUGUGUUGAUCUCUUCAAAAGUCUCACUGACUGUGGUGCUCCAUGUCCAGCAACUCGAUCCUUCUUCUCCCUCUCGACAUUCAGAAGCAGCAAAACAGGUGAUCCAAAGCCUCGGUGA